AAUUUUUUCUUGCGUGUUUCGUUUCAGGAGCUUGUGGAGAGAAGUGAUACUGUUUGUAAAAUUGUGUUUGCGGAUUGAAAUAUUAAAAUGGCAGGCGGUUCGCAUCUCGUCGUUUUCGGUGGCACAGGAAUGACCGGGCUUUGCGUCUUGCGCUCGGCAUUAAAAUCCGUUUUGGCGGGCUUUGUUUCGCGGACUUUGUCGACGAGGCAGUUGGAGGUGAACGUAUUGCCGCCGGAUGAACGUGGAGUCGGUGUGUUGGAGUUGAACAGGGCGAAAGCCAGGAAUGCCCUGAGUCGGGCGAUGAUUGAAAACCUGGAAUCCGCCUUGGAGUCCCUGGCAGAAGACACCAACACCCGAGUGCUAGUGCUCAAAAGCGGCGUGCCGGGUGUGUUUUGCGCCGGCGCCGACCUCAAGGAGCGCCUCACCAUGCCGGAAUCCCAAGUGGCGCCGUUUGUGUCCCGUCUCCGCGCGUUGAUGUCUCGCCUGGCGUCUCUCCCGAUGCCGACGAUUGCAGCUGUGGACGGCCUGGCCGUCGGUGGUGGGCUGGAAAUGGCCCUGGCCUGCGACCUUCGCGUCCUGUCCUCGGACGCCACUCUGGGACUCGUGGAGACCAAGCUCGGGAUCAUCCCUGGUGCCGGUGGUACCCAGCGGCUGCCGAGGAUCGUUGGGGCAGCCAAGGCGAAAGAACUCGUUCUCACUGGUCGACUAGUGACGCCGAGUGAAGCCUUGAAUAUAGGAUUAGUGAAUGAGGUCGUGGAGCAGAUAGAGUCGCGGAAUGCGGCAUUUUUGCGUGCCAAAGGUCUGGCUGAUGUGAUGGCGAGUAAUGGACCGAUUGCGUUGCGAAUGGCGAAAAAGGCCAUUGACGAAGGAUCCGAAUUGACGAUGAGUGAAGCCAUGAGGGUUGAAGAAGCGUGUUACGCUGGAGUGGUGCCUACUAAGGACAGGAUUGAAGGACUGGCUGCUUUCCAGGAGAAGAGAAAACCCGUUUUCAAGGGACACUGA